AUGAAUGAAGAUAUAAAUGUAACGUUUAUUAUUCCUCCGGAGUGUAGAAACGAAAAUGAGUGUUCUGAGGAAAUGCAGCUGGCUUUUACUGCUUGCGAGCAACACAGUGGGGGAGGUAUCAAGGCGCAGUGGCAAGCCCAAACUACUUGGAAGAAAUUUGUGGGACUAACAAAGAAAGAUGUUUUUGUUGUGUCUGAGUUUCAAGGAGAGUUUUUUGAGAGACUCAGAUUAGUAGGGCCUCGAUGUAUUUCGUGUUGUCUCACAGAGGGCAUAUCAAUACCAUCAGGCCCUGAGCCAGUAUUCACUAUAGCCAUGAGAGGUCUUGUGGUCACAGCCAGCGGUCUUUCAAAACAACAAAAGGAAAACAUCAAGAAGAAAGUUCAUUGGAUGGGAGGAUUAUAUAGCACAGUACUGACAGAAGACACAACACACCUUGUAGCUGACACUGUGCUCUCUGAUAAAUAUGUUAAAGCAGUAGAAAGGAAUUUACCCGUGAUGCAAGAUACUUGGAUUGAAGCAGUCUGGGAGUCAUCGCUUCGGCUAAAUAUAAACGCUGCCUCAUCAGACUUUGACAAUCAUAAAUUACCACCGUUUGCAAACUUACAGGUCACCACAACUGGCAUAACUAAAAAGGACAAGGCAUUGGUAAUGAAGCUUGUGAGUGAAAAUGGUGGUACAUUCUCCGGAGCAUUCCAGAGCGAGACAACAGAUAUUGUUGUUCUCAACAAGGACAGUAUAGGGAGUGAGAAAUAUAAAGCAGCCUUAGAGUAUGGUAAGGCAUGUGUUCUACCAUCCUGGGUCAUUGAUUCCGCUGCCCGCGGUGUAGCACUGCCUUUAUCAAAAUAUAGAGUUGCUGGAGCUUCUACAUCAUCACCUCUAUCGGAACAUAGAGCACCAGAUAUGAGUUUGAAUUUCUCAAGAAUAACAAAUUUGAGACCGCCCAGUAAUUUUGUUGAUGAGAGCAGAGCCGUCGAUAUUUCGACUAUGUCUAGUAGAAUGAAGUUCUCACAGGAAACAAAAAAAUCAAAUGAGACUUCAACAGAAAAGGAAAUGUUAUCACAUUUUGAGAAGCUUGAUAUGACUACUAUUAAAAAAGCCGGACCUAUAUUUGAUGGAUUCUGUAUUUGGUUGACGGGUGUGGAGGGCCCGGCCCGCGACCGCGCCGCCGCCUGUAUCUCACGCUGCGGCGGCGUGCGGUACGACUGUCCACACGAGCGCGUCACGCACGCACUGGCCGGUACCGCGGCCGCUGCUGUGAGCGCCAGUGCUGCGUUGCCCAGUGUACCUGUGUUGCAGCCGCUGUGGCUGGUGAAGAGCGUGCUGGCUGGACGGCCGCUGGGAGAGGCUGAGUUCUUAAUAAAUACAAAACCCGCGACACCAGUCAAAGCUCGCACGAAGGUCGAAGCCGCGUCUCCGAUGAGCAAACGAAACAUGCAGCUACUGAGACACGGACCCCUGGAUCUGCCGCCUCCCACACCCGAAGUGGAGGAACCGCCUGAUGAAAUUGUUCAUCAUUAUUUGAGUCAAAGACAAGAGCAAGAGAAGACUCCAGAACGUGUGAUGCCAGCUGAGCCGGAACAACCAGAUGUCACAGAUGACCUCGAUGAGCCCUCUGAAGAUAUAGAGCAGAUAUUUAAGGGUAUAACAAUACAAGUUCGAGGUCUGGAUGAGGAGGCGAUUACUGAGAUAGCUGCGGAGGUGUCCGCGGCGGGCGGGGUGCUGGUGGCGGGGGGCGUGGCGAUGGGCGGGGCGAUGGGCGGGUCUGGGGCGGGGUCCUAUGUGCUGGUGCCGCUAGAGUGGGAUGGGGAUACUGAUGGAGAUGGGGAGCUUGUUACCGUAUUCUGGAUUAAAGAUUGUUUGUCGCAACAAGAACUAUUAGAGAUACAGUACUAUCAUCGCCCCGUCAAACUGCCUCAAUGGACCGUGGCUCCGUUGGAAGGAGUGGUGGCAAGUCUGAGCACGUAUAGUGGGUUCGAGAGGGCCUUCCUAGACGAACUAGCCAAACUAUUGGGCGCCACUACUCAGCUUCGCUUCUGUCGCCGUAACACAGCCAACGCCCUGGCAUCUACUCACCUCAUAUGUCCCACUGCGUCGGGCGAUAAGUAUCAAGGCGCUGUGAAGUGGGGCCUGCCCGCCGUCACCGCUGACUGGCUCCUAGACUGCGCUACUACUGGAACUCGAACGAGAGAAACUAAAUACUUAGUAGGGGAAACUAAAGAAUUUUUCAAUCAAAAUUUCACAGCACCGCCGUCUCCGGAACAUCAACGAGAAGAGCAAGAAAAGCCGCGUGAUGACACGAGUGUAGAGAACAAACACACGGACAAAGAAAACGCUAUGUUACCUCCUGACGCGGCUCCCAGACGAGGGUCCAUACCCGAACAGAUUAUAAAAGCCGAGGUCCAAGUCCGCACUCCUCAGUUAGACGACGCCUUGUCAACUCCCAACCUGAUGGGUCUAAGUCCCACCACUCGUCGCAGACUGCAGGCGGUCAGGAGGGGGGAGAUGCCCUCCGACCCUAUAAGAACACCCACUGACCCAUUCCCCCGUGUUCCGUGUACUCCGGACAGUUCGUUCUGCGCGGGCGUGGCUGGCGGACGGCUGUCUCCGGGAGCGAGGAAGACGCUGUGGUCACUAGUGGACCGCCUGCCUAGCGGGACACCGGCCGCCGCGAGGUCGCAUACGCCACUAUCAGAAAUCAGGAAUCGUUUUCUGUCUCAGUUCAACGACUCACCAACAGAUGGCGGCGUGACUAAUAACACUGUGCCCAGGAAAUUACACUUGAACGAACAAGUAGAAACACCGCCGUCGAAAAUGGCGAAAACUUUUGAAAAUCAGAGCGCGGGUGGGAUGAACAUAUCCGAAGAAAACGACAGCUCUAAAAGCGCUGUCAGCGCUACAACAGUUGAGACGCCGAAGAGCACAACAUUACCGCCGGUGGUCGACGCACAGCUGCAGCGCUUGAGCGCUGUACUCGCUAGCCGACUGAGUUCACAACGGAAACGAACUAGAGAUUCAGUUCCUUCACAUAAUAGCGAUCCGCCCCCGCCUCAAGACAGCGAGCCGGCCCCUGAGUCACAACCGAACACAGUUGGCUGGGACGACACCUCCAGAAAGACAGAACAUACGAACAAACAGACAGUCAAGAAGUUUAUGUUGUCGUCGAAUGUUGACAAUCGUGAAGAGAUCGCCGCUAUGAUCCAGUGUCUUGGUGGAGAAGUUUCAGACAGUCCUGAGCUAGAUUUGUUCGCUACACACUUACUGUGCGCGGCGCCGGGGCGGAGUGAGAAGAUGCUGGGCUCGGUGGCGGCUGGCAAGUGGAUCCUACAUCCCGCUUAUAUAUCAAGGAGUCGAGCCGCUGGGAGGUUUCUCGAGGAAGAAGAAUACGAGUGGGGUAAUCCUAAAGCGUCAUGUCUGCCUAGUUUGACGGGAGCUGAGAAGAGUUUAGCGCAGGCCGCGCACCGGUGGCGGGCGGCUAGGAAGGCCGGGGGGCGAGGACCCUUCGACGGAAUGAGGGCUGUACUACACGUACCCGCCGCUAGGAAGAGAUUACUAGCAAGGCUGUUAGAAGCUGGCGACGGAAUCGCUCUUGACGAUGAACCUCCAUACUCCGAGGUGAACGUGACGGUAUGUUUCGCGGACCUCAAGCGCUACCCGUUGUCUGAGAGGGACUCCUCUUGGUUCAUAUCCCGCGGGACACCGGUCUGCCCGCCGGUGCUGCUGAGCUCCUACCUCACCGAAGACACGCCCCCCGACCCAUUACAACACUGCUUCCCCAACUUUAGACCUUAA